GAGCAGGGAGGCGGCUUCGGCGCGGACCUCCGAGAGGCUGUCCACCAAGCCCGAGCCAGUCCCUGUCCCAGCGGCCCGCCGAGGCUCGGAACCAUCCAGCGACCCGGCGAGCGGCCCCAGGCCCCGCCAUGGGGAAGACCAGCAGCAAGCUGGCUCCAGAGGUGCUGGAGGACCUGGUUCAGAACACCGAGUUCAGCGAGCAGGAGCUGAAGCAGUGGUACAAGGGCUUCCUGAAGGACUGCCCCAGCGGCAUCCUCAACCUGGAGGAGUUCCAGCAGCUCUACAUCAAGUUCUUCCCCUACGGCGACGCCUCCAAGUUCGCGCAGCACGCUUUCCGCACCUUUGACAAGAACGGAGAUGGCACCAUCGACUUCCGGGAGUUCAUCUGUGCCCUUUCGGUCACCUCCCGCGGCAGCUUCGAGCAGAAACUCAACUGGGCCUUUGAGAUGUACGACCUGGAUGGCGACGGGCGCAUCACGCGCCUGGAGAUGCUGGAGAUCAUAGAGGCUAUCUACAAGAUGGUGGGCACGGUGAUCAUGAUGCGCAUGAACCAGGAUGGGCUCACACCACAGCAGCGUGUGGACAAGAUCUUCAAGAAGAUGGACCAGGAUAAGGAUGACCAGAUCACCCUGGAGGAGUUCAAGGAGGCAGCCAAGAGUGACCCAUCCAUUGUGCUACUGCUGCAGUGUGACAUGCAGAAGUAGAGGCUGGUGAGGGGCAGGGCCCCUGGCCAGGAGGGGCGUGGGCUCCUCCCCAAGCAAUGACCUCUCUGGCUGGCCCUUUCCCCAGAGAGAGGGGAACUCCAGCCUUACUCUUUGGCUUACCCACCCUCUGCCCAAGUUCUUACUCCCCUCAGUCAAGAUCCUUGAGGGACCACCUCACCCUGGAAGUGAGACAGAUCCUCAGGUAUCCUGUCAUCUAGCCCCACCCCCAAUCUUGGCCCAGAACCCAACAUCUACUGGGCGUGGGAGAGCUGGCUUUUGCCCCAAGAGCAGGGUUAAGGAAGGUGGGGCUCUGGGGUUCUGCUUUGAAAUUCUGUUGUUCUUGGGAUUCUUCAUUAUAGGAUGGGGUGCCACAGACCCCAGUGAAAGGGCCAGAUUGUCUUUUGCUGAGGACCCAGACCCCUUCAUGCUCCCCUGACUCUACCUGGUCCCUCUGGCCCCCGUCUUUGGAGUGUUCAUUCAGUCCUGUCUUCAGCUGAUGUUUAUUGAGCACCUGUUCAGUGCUGAGCACCUGGAGGUGCUGAGGAAGUGUUAGUUUACAAGGCAGGCACCUUCUAUGCCCUCUGGAAGCUUCUAGGGCAGUGAGAAAAACUUGCGGUGGUCAGGGUGUCAGAUGAGCCAUGGAGCACUGCUGAGCAGAGGGUGUGGCAAGACAGGUCAAGUUGAGGAACUAUUAA